ACUUGUCUCUGACAAAAAAGAUAGUCUACAUUUUGUACAAAAAAAAAAAAACAAUAUCAGGCUUAAAAUUUUAAAAUAAAUUAAACUUAAAAAUUAUGAUUAAAGGGGCUCUAGCAUAGGGUCAGGCAGACGGGUAAUUGGGCUCAACUCUUUCCAACACUGGUACAAUAGAAUGGUUACUGGGCCCAGCUCAACUAAUGGCCCAAUAGUAGUUCAAGUUGACAGGCCCGAACUUUACUGGGCUGGGCCCAUGUCCGAAGUUACGUUUAACUCCCGAACAUCCGGCAAGGGUAUAACAGUCAUUGCAAAACCCCCACCCAAUCCAUUUGCGCUCCGCCAUGGCUUCUUCUCUACGCCCCAAUCCUUCGCCCUUCCUCAAAUCUGAAAUCCCAACUCCGAGGUCCGCCGCCGCCGUCGCCGCCGUAGUCUUCUCCGUUCCGGUGCGGUGCGGGCCACGCGACAACCGAGGACCUCUGGUGAAAGGCAGAACCCUAAGCACCGAAGCGAUCCAAGCCAUUCAAUCUCUGAAACGGGCCCAAAGAUCCGACCCGACGAAGCUCCACCACGUACUCUCCAGCACGCUCUCCCGAUUGCUCAAAGCGGACCUCGUCGCGACCUUGAAGGAGCUUCUCCGGCAGGAGCAGUGCGGCCUCGCGUUGGAGGUUUUCACCGUCGUCCGAUCGGAGUACGGCGCCGACUUAGGGCUGUACGCGGAGCUGGCGGCGGCGCUGUCGAGGAACGGGAUGGCGGAGGAAAUCGACCGGCUGUUGUGCGAAUUGGAGGGAGAGGGGGAGAUCGAGUGCGACGAUAAGGGUUUGAUUAAGCUGAUCAGGGCGGUGAUUGGUGGGGACAGAAGGGAAUCGACGGUCAGGAUUUAUCGGAUGAUGAGGAGGAGCGGGUGGGGGUCCACCACCAAGGCCGAUGAUCACACGGUUAAGAUUUUGAGCAAGGGUUUAAGGAGGCUUGGGGAAGUGGAGUUAGCUGAUGAGAUUAAUAGGGAAUUCCAAAAUUUAGUGGCCACUUAUUGAAAUUUUGUGGGUUGGUUAAUUGAUCCAAAAUGUAUAAUUUGCAACUCUUUUUUUCUUUUAGAAAUUCCUUGUUGUAUAAAACUUUAAAUUUUGAAUUA